AUACUGGUGUGUUUCAGCUUGUUGAGUCUGUAAUUUAUAAACUACACCAAUGUUUUUGUCAUUUAAACGAUGGACUAAAUAUUUAAUUUGUCGUCCGCUCAAUGUCACGAGGAUGUACUCCCCGCGGAGGAGAAAAACACUAUUGUCGUUAAAGUUCAACGCAGACGCAAAUUCUGAGCACAAACUGUAUGUGAAGGAGCACAAAGUUCGGGCAGAAGCAAAGUCCCACCGGCCGUUCGACAGGACGUUGUUCGUCCUCAACGUCCCACCUUACUGCGCUGAGGAUGUCGUCAAGGAAUUGUUCUCACAUUUUGGCUCUGUUCAGUCCGUGGAGUUGGGUGAUAACCCGGGCUCAUUCUAUCAGUCCGGGCCCAAGCUGUCCAGGUUUUUCAAGCCAGCUAAAAAACAGGGCUUCAAAGUUGGUUACGUUGUGUUCCAUAAGGCCACCAGUGUUGCAGCAGCUAAAUCACACCCCUAUAACGUGCCUUUGGUGGUUUGCUCACCAGAGCGUACCGUUAAGACUGGAGUACAAAAGUGGAUUCAACAGUAUAAAGACUCCUUUAUCCAGCCGGAGAAACUGCAAAAUGUAGUCGACAAUUUCAUGAAGGACUUUGACACGAUGAAAGAAAAAGAAGAGGAACGCCUGAAGCAGGAGGCAGAGCAGCAAAAAGAGGAUGAGGAGGGAUGGGUGAAAGUCAGCAGGGGGCAGAAGGGCAGCAAGGCACGUCCCCACAGCGAGGCUGCUAACCAGAAGACUCUGCGGAAGGAGAUGCGGAAGAGGAAGCGGAAAGAGCUUGUGAACUUCUACUCUUGGCAACAUAAAAACACACAGAAAGAACAUAUUGCUGAACUCAGGAAAAAGUUUCAGGAGGACAAACAGAGGAUUGCGCUCCUAAGGGCUCAAAGAAAGUUCAGACCGUAUUAAAGAACAACCUUUGUACAUACUUGUAUGUGCUCAGUUCACGGCUUUGUCCUUUGAAAAAUCUGGAUAUUGCUUAUAUCUGAUCAUUCUGCUCUUGUACACUCCCACUAUAUAACUUUACAUUGAGAAAUACAUUUUUGCGGUAUGAGGAACAAGCUUUUGUACAGCGGAAGUGUCUUUUGAAGUAACUGUUACAUAACUGUCAUUCCAUCCAUUCCAAGUCGGCUCCAAUCAUGUCUAACCUUUCACGUUCAUGCCACAUAGUAAAGUUUAGAAUUUAAAACGUCAUGUACAGUUUACCUAAAUCCAAGAUGAAACUGUCGAGAGUGGAAUAAUUUAGAUGCGUUCAGUUCUUUUGCUGUAACUGCUCUGGUUAUGGUUCCAACGUUUUGAAUGUGAAUAUGUAAUUUACAUCAAACUGUACCUUUUGGGUCUGUCUUGCCCACUUUUGCCCGAUUUCAAUGUGUAGAGUUUCGUGAGUGCUACAUAAUUAAAACUGAAUUGAUACCUUU